GGAAAAUAAGCCACAAAAACUGUCGACAGACUUGUUGUGGUCAGAUGAUCUUCGUUGGUUGGCUAGGUGUUUAGCUACAUGUGUACACACCAAUAAAGUACAUUGAUAUACUUGUUAUUUAAAUGUAUCACUCGCAGUAGAUAUGACGGAAAUGUUUUCAACUCUGUAUGGGCAAAAUGAAGCUCAGGGACCUCCCGGAUCAUCGUCUCUGGGAUUUGGACCGGGAAAGCCGCCUCUGCCUCCAAACCAAGUCCCGAUGGCGGCUCAGAUGCCACCUCAGCACGGGGAUGAGGGGCCUGCUCUACGCAAGCCCGGAGCCAUGAAUGAACCUUUUUAUUUAUUGCGAGAACUACCAGUGGGCAAUGAGCUGACGGGCAACACCAACCUCAUCACACACUACAACUUGGAACAUGCCUACAACAAGUUCUGCGGCAAGAAGGUUAAGGAAAAGCUCAGCAAUUUUCUGCCAGAGUUACCAGGCAUGAUCGACUGUCCCGGGGCCCAAGACGGCAGUUCCUUACGCUCGCUGAUAGAGAAGCCUCCCGUGUGUGGUAACUCCUUUAGCCCUCUAACUGGAGCCAGCCUCACCGGCUUCAGACUGCACACUGGACCGUUACCGGAGCAGUACCGACUUAUGCACAUACAGCCUCCGAAGAAGAAAAGCAAACACAAGCAUAAACAUCACCGCCCCCAGGACCCCAUUCCCCAAGAGACCCCGUCAGACUCUGACCCCAAGAAAAAGAAGAAAAAGAGGGAUGACGACCCUGACCGCAAGAAGAAGAAGAAAGAUAAGAAAAAGAAGAAGAACCGUCACAGCCCGGACCAUCCUGGACUGCCUGGUUCUCAGCCCAACAGCAACAGUCUCAGAUGAACCAGACGGGGACGUGUGUGUGUGUGUGUGUGUGUGUGUGUGUGUGUGUGUUUUCAGUCAGAACAUUUUCGUGAGUGUGUUUGCAGAUUACGCAUGUGUGAGCGAAAGUGCCAGACAAAUGUGGGUGUGUGGUGUGAAAGGUGGAGGUGAAUUGUUUGUCCAGCGAGACAGAAGGCUACUGUGAUGUUCUGAGUGAUUGUAUAUUAUGAAAGCUCCCUUUUCAUUUGGUGUCAAUAUUUUCUGAACACAUUAGGAUCCAAUAAACUUUGGUUAUCAUUGUC